UUCCCUGGUUAGGAUUCUGAAAGCAAGGAAUUUAAUGCAGAAGUACACUGGAAGCACAUCAUGGGCCAGAAUGUUGCAGAUUACAUGCGCUACUUAAUGGAAGAAGAUGAAGAUGCUUACAAGAAACAGUUCUCUCAAUACAUAAAGAACAGCGUAACUCCAGACGUGGAAGAAAUGUGUAAGAAAGCUCAUGCUGCUAUACGAGAGAAUCCGGUCUAUGAAAGGAAGCCCAAGAAAGAAGUUAAAAAGCAGAGGUGGAACCGUCCCAAAAAGUCCCUUGCUCAGAAGAAGGAUCGGGUAGCUCAAAAGAAGGCAAGCUUCCUCAGCGCUCAGGAGCGGGCUGCUGAGAGCUAAACCAAACAAUU